GUUGUUCUUAACAGUGAUGUAUUUCUAUAAAACUUUUCAAAUUUUGCCUUUUCCAUCUGUCUUAUUGUUAUCAUCAUCAUUUUGCUGUGAAAUGAGAAGUACUUAGUUGUGGGUUACUUGGUUCUAAUCAUAUUUGUGGUAAAACCUGAUUUGUAACAGAGCAGAGGUUGUUUUGGUUGCUGUGCUAAACCCACUACCGUUGUUUCCGUGAAUGAGCAUUCAAAGAGCUUAAGACCUCAAGAAAGGAUAGCAAAGAAAUAUAGCAUAACCGACGAUUUCUGGAGCAGUAGUGCAGCAGAAAUGGACAACAGUGCUAUACAAUCACAGAGAAGCAUGUCAUCCAUCAGCACACUAAACCAGCCCCUCGAUCCCUGCAGUAAUGCUGGCAGCUCAAGCAACCCUUCUGAAUUUGUAAAUCAUGGCAAGUUCUACUAGUUAUCACUAGUCAUGGUCAAUAUAUUUAAACUGCAGAUGCAGCAGAAUCAUCUUCUCUUCGUGGUCGUUUCAUUGGCUUUUGUUUGGCCCUUUUUUAUUUUUUUCCUACUGUAGGGAGUCUGUUGAUAAUCUUGGUUGACAUGUUAUUUCAUUGUUCGACUUCCCUUCUCCAAAAUUGUUUAGAGGCUGCUAUUGAAGUUGUCCUUAGAAGGUUAGUGCGUAGCUAAGUACAUUGAAAAUGGAUUAUUUUUGCUGGCUGCAGGUCUCCUUCUAUGGAACCAGACAAGGCAGCAAUGGCUUGCAAAUAAGUUAUCUCAGAGCAAAACAAAACCGCAAGCUCGUGAGCCCACGAUAAGGUGAUGUGUAGUUUAUCUUUAUGAAAAUGAUGACUCUAUAGAGCAUUGCUACUCCCUCGAAACCUAAUUUAAAGUUAAAACACUCUUUUUGCUGGUCUUUUGAUCAUAUAGAAGUUUCACAUGUAAAUUAUCUUCUUGGAGCAGAGUGGCAUGAUCUUGCAUCCAUCCAACUUUUAUCUGUUUCAAAACUCAUAUCUGAUUCCAUGUCCUUUUAGAGUUGAUUGUUUAAGCUCUCAAUUCGACUCACGAGCACUGAUGUAUGUGGCAGUUGGAAUGCUUCUUAUGAUAGCUUACUCGGGAGUAAUAAGCCAUUCCACCAUCCUGUCCCACUCGCUGUAAGUUAUGAAAAUGGUGGCCGUCGUCGUUCAAAACAAGUUCAGCAGGCCAAUGAGAUAAUUUUUUACAUUUCCUUUUGGUCUUGCUGUUUGUACAAUGGCAGGAAAUGGUGGAUUUUCUGGUGGACGUUUGGGAACAAGAAGGGUUGUACGAUUGAAUCGAUCGGGAAGAACCCUUGUUUAGGAGUUCGUUUCAUUCUCUCUGUGAUCGCACACAAGGGUUGUAGCAACUGGCAAUUGUGAUUAACUUAUAAUUUAUGUGCUUCCUCAUCUGGGAAGGAAACACCAACUUUAAACUUUCAUCAGAAACACUUUGUAAGCAGUCUUUUGAUUUAGAUUGUCUGCUCUGUGCGUCGCCGCGCUUGGAGAUUUGCUGUGAUUCUAUUAUUACCAUUAUCUAUAAGAUCAGUACUGUUAUCGAUUCCAUUCAUUCACUGAUUACAUUCUGAGGCGCUGUUGUUAAAAUCGUUCAUUGCUACGACACCUAUUUUUUGUGGUUGCGGAAUGGGUUGGGGUGUUAUCGCACUUUAAAGUUUAAAAAUUUGCGCUUUUACGUUUCUAGGUCAUCAAAACGUUUUUAUAUAGACUUACAGUUUUUAUAGGUAGUGUAGUUAAAAAUGCGCUUUAAAACUUAAAAACUUACUAUUUUAGUUUCUUGAUCAUCAACUAGCCUACCUCAAAGCUGUGAUCAAGGAGUCAAUGAGACUGCAACCCACAGCUCCAUUGUUGGUUCCAAGGGAAUCAACCGAGGAUUGUAGGUUAGGCGGGUAUGAAAUAGCAGCCAAGACUACAGUCUACGUGAAUAUAUGGGCGAUCGGAAGGGAUCCUGAAACCCGGGGAGAAAACCCAGAGGAGUUUAGGUCGGAGAGGUUCAUGGAAAAUCCGUCGAUUGAUGUGAAAGGUGCAGACUUUGAGUUGAUACCGUUCGGAGCGGGAAGAAGGAUGUGUCCCGCUAUUCACAUGGGGCUCGCAAAUGUGGAGCUCUCUCUGGCUAAUCUGCUUUACGCUUUCGAUUGGGGAAUGCCGGAUGGAAUGAAGAAUGAGGAUUUAUACAUGGAUGUGCAGCCUGGCGUUGCAAUGCACAAGAAAAACCCUUUGCGCCUAGUGGCUACAAAGUGGGGUGUUAGAGACCAAUUAAUUGCCAUAUCCGUUUAAGGAGAAUUCAGGCAUUUUCAUAACCAACGCUACUAGAAUUUGUCUCGAAACGACGUUAAUUUCUCAUCCAUUUUGUUAUAGUACAUUAUUUACUCUAAAUACUUAUUAAAUUUUCGAUUAAUUGAGAUCCAAGUGUCAAGAUAUAGAUCUUAUUCAUGAUUAUCUAGUACUUUAUUUGUGUAGCAUGCAUAGGACUGGUAAUCGAUUAUUAGCAGGUUAAUGGUUUAAUCGAUUACCGAACCCCGGCUGUAAAAUGGAUAAACCACUAAUCGACGAUAUCGAUAUACGUUUGUCGUUAAAUUUCAAGUCAAAUGAAGGUCUGUGUUGUAUAAUGACCGACAUUUUUCGAAUAGUCCAAUUCAAGGUCAAAUUAAAUUUUGGCCUAGUUCAAACAAAGAUGGUGAAGCCCGCACAACCCUUCUUUAUGAACGCUCUGUUUGGCAACAAGAGGGUGCAAAUUGUAGGGGGUGCAAGUUGAGGGGUAAAUUGUUGGGGGGUGCAAAUUGUUGGGGUUGUAAAUGGAGGGAUAAAUUGUUGUUUGGAUGAAAAAGUAGGGGUGCAAAUAGAGUGAAAAGUAAGUAAUUAUAUUAUUUUAAAGUAAAUUUUAAAAUUUUAAAAUAGAUUUUAAGAUUAUAAAAUAGAUUUUAAGAUUAUAAAAUAGAUUUUAAGAUUAUAAAAUAGAUUUUAAGAUUUUAAAAUAUUAUCAUAAAAUAAUAAAAUAAAUAUUACUGUAUAAUAAUAAAUAUACUUUACUAAAAUAGUUAUUAUAUAAUAAUACUCAAAUAAUAAUUAAUUAUAACAAUUGUAAUAAUCAUUGAUCGAGCGAUCUCAAAACUGGAAGCUCAACUCGUAACUGGUCAUCCUAUAUAGGGUUUUCGUGUCUAGUUUAAUCUUAAAUUGUCAAACUUAGUCAAACACGUUCGAAUUUGUAAGUUUUAACUAUUUAGUCAAAUAAACUGAGUUAACCAAACAAUUUAUCUCUAUCUUUUCCGCAGACACCUCGUAUCUCUAAUUUUCAAUGCAAAUUCGAUUCAACCAAGAGAUCUAGAUUUGACUUGACGAACAUUGAUAAACUUGUUUCCAGAGUCAAAUGGUCAACCUCGAAUAAUGUUUACAUUAAUGAUAUUUAUAAAAAGAAGAAAUUGAUAAUAUUAAUUAUUAUAUAAUUAUAUAUAACACAAUUAGAAAAAUAAAAUUCCAUAAUUCCCCCCUCCCCCUCUCUUCCUUCCUUCCCUUGCACCCCAAUUCGGGGGUAAGCCGAAACAGUAAAUUUGCCAAAUUAACCAAACAGGUGCAAAUGUGUUGCAAACUCUAUUUACCUCUCACAUUUGCACCCUCCUCUCAUUUACCCCUUCCCAAACAGAGUGGAAAAAUUUACUUCCCUUUGAAGCCCAAUCCAAUCCCAGUAUCCCACUACUCAUAUUAACCUAGCACCAUUUCCCUUAUUUUUGGCAUGUAUAGCGCUAUCUCACCUUUUGUCGUCUUCUUGCGACAGGAUAGAUAAAUAAUUGCAACCACGAAUAAAAUACGAAAUGCGUGUAUGGUACACUGGAGCUAAACCCAAGUUGGGUUUUUUUUAUUACUCUAAAUAAUUAUGUGCAUUAAUUAAUAGAUUUAAUUAGCGAUGUUAAUUGUAAAAGAUUAUUGGUCAAAUGUAGCAGGCGUACAUGCACCUUCCAAGCUCCAUGAGUUGGAUAAACAUUUUUUUUUUAACCAAGUGGGGCCUGUAUAACACGCAAUUAAUUGAAGUUAAUUAUUUUCAAGUGGGUGGUUUUAGCUUUAGAUUAAGAUAAUAAUGGGGAAUUAAUUCCUGUGAUAUUAAAUUAAGAAGAUGAGCCUCCAUUUGGCACUAAAUCGCUUAAUUAAUCGAGAAAGCAGCUUCCCAGGUCAAGUAUAAAAAUCCAAGGACCCCAUAUAUAUGUUCGUGCACCAAAUUAUUAUUGUGUGCUUAAUACAUGGUUAAGGUCGUA